CUUCAAUUCUUCUUCAAGGUUCAAUCGAUCUGCUGUGUGACCCUCACACACAAUCACUUUAUAGCCAAACAAAAAGGAGGCAUUCAAUUUAAAGUGACGAGGGAAACCAAAUCAACACACAAAUAUAUAUACUAUGACGAGUCAUAUCUUUAUCGUCUUCCUUGUGGUAAUCUUGACCAUCGCUAAUGGAACGUUAGCAGAAGCAGCAGAUGCUGAAAAACCUCAACCUGUAGACAACAAAUCAUCACCAGCAGACAACUCUACAAAGAGCCUUGGUCCGUCUCAAGAUUAUCCCGAUUAUGAGAUCCCUAUAGAACUUGCACCGGACGGUAUCGAGGCGGUGGGUGAUUACAUGCCCAUUAGCCCCACCGAGGCUACUCUUGCACAACCCGAAGCAGAUAUGAAUGUUAAAACAUCGCCGGCUAGCUCCGCCUCUAGAUCUUUUUCAACCGUGUUGACCGUUGCUAUUGCUGCGGCGGGAGGAGCGGCCAGCUUGUUUUUCUUUUGAAACAGAGGAGAUCAAAUGAUGACUUUGGGUUGGCCAUAUAGAGUUUGCAACGUGCGAUAUUUCUGUAUUUCUUUAACGUUUGAAUUUGAUUGUGUGUUGUAUUUUUUUCUUUUGAUGUUAUUAAUUCGAUUCAAUAUACGAAUUCUUCAAAAA